AUGUUUCCAAUUCACGGUUCUGCUACCACUGCUGGUUCUUCAGUGGUUGUCUAUCAGCAAGUGAGGAACCUUUCGAGAAGGAAAAUUGCAUACCCAUUUUAUCCAUUUAAAAGACUGGGCAGAGAACAUCCAAAGAAACAUGAUACUAAUUUAAAGAGUGGAAUGAGGCAAUUCCUCGGUCCACGAAAUUACAAAGGUGAAUACGUUAUGAACAAGUAUUUUCAAGUACCAAGUAAUCACCAGCCCAAUUAUAUCAAACCAGAUUUAGAAAGAGGGCAAAGUCUCAUUCAUCCAAUUACCGGAGAAACUGUUGUACAGAAAUACGAUGGAUCCUUUGGUGAAGUGGAAGAAAACCGUAGGCUGAAAAAUAUGCCAGAAAAAAGACUUUUACAACCUUUCCCAGGGAACAGAAAUUGUCUUACGAACCAUGUAAUAAGUGAAGAUCUCAAAAUGAGGAUUUAUAACGAAAUUCAGGUGGAAGGACUGUCGACACAACAGGUUUCUCAGAAUUACGGAUUAAAGAUUCCAAGAGUAGAAGCCAUUGUCAAGUUGAUGGAGAUCGAAAAGAAAUGGGAGAAACAUAAUCGCAUAACUCCUGAGUUGGAAGUGAUGUCAUCAACUCUUUACAAGAUGUUCCCAGUUUUUGAACCUGAAUCAAAACUCGCUAGGGAGAACUUGAGUGAAAUUCCUGUUCCACAAAGAGCACUAUCAUCAAGAUUUUUAACGAUCGCAGAAUCCGAACCAUUCGGUCCAGUUGAUGCUGCCAAGGUUUUGGAGUUAGAGCCUGCAGCUCAAACCUUGGAAAAGAUGGGAUCUAUCGGUGAGCAUGCGGAAAAUCACAACCAGCAGAAGGGUCCAAGCAAUAGAGUAGUUUACGGUGAAGUUCGUAAAGGUGACAGAUCUGUUUUCAAAUUUACGGAAUCGCGUGUAGGCAAGGUUGGUCACCGUUACGGUGCUGGUAUUCGUGAUAAUAAGAAAGACCGUAAGAUUGGGUUUAACGAAGUGGGACAGAUGGUAUACAUAUGA